AUGAUUUAAACUGGUUUGAAUAUUGUACUUGAGGGUUCGGUCAAGGAAACAUUAGAACAACUUAAUAAAUUCAAAGAAAGACCUUACAACGGGAUUUUAAUCACAGGAAAACCAGGAACAGGAAAGACAUUUUUAUGCAAAUAUUUUGCUCAAAUAAAUGAUUGUUGUCAUUUGUUUUUCAACUGCGUUAAUGAGUUCUCAAAUUUGGAAGCAUCAUAGAUGAUUGAGUUGAUAAAGCAAGAAAGAAAAAAACUGGUGUUUUUUGACGAAUUAGAAUAUUUUAGUUUUGUGUAACAGGAGAAAUAUUAUAAAUUGAUGGAAAUUAUUAAGAUAUGUUAGGAAUAGGAACAUAAAUUAAUAUUUAUCACUCAGUCCCCAGAGAAGCUUGACCUGUAUCCUAAAAAAUUACCUUAUGAUCGAGCUACUGUGUUAUUAUUACCAGAAAAUAAGUUUAGAGAAUAAUUAAUAGCCAAUAACUUGCCAUCGUUUAAAUUCUUAAGUGGGCUUACUGAUAGCUAUUCAGUGAGUGAUCUUAUUGUUCUAAUUAAAGAUAUCUAGAUGGAACCACUAAAAACGAUAAUCAAUUGUGACAGUUUUGAAUUGAUAGAUGAAAAGUAUCAUCCCACUUAGGAUGUAAAGGAUUCAAGUGUGCUAUUGAGUUACGAUCAGAAACUAAAGUUUUUGUAGGAAGGUAAAAUCCAAAUAAAGGAAUUAGAAGAGAAGGAUGUGAGAAGAAUAUUGAAUGAGAAAAAAAGAAUGUGA